GACCAUAUGCCGUGAAUGCACAGCCGACAAUGACCAAUGGACGAAAGCGACGGCGGUAUCGGAUAGCGAUGGUCUCUGACUUCUUCUAUCCACAAUCAGGUGGCAUUGAAUCGCAUAUAUACCAGUUAUCACAGAGACUUAUCGACCGAGGACACAAAGUCAUCGUAAUCACCCACGCCUAUGGCGACCGUUCCGGCGUUCGGAUCACCACGAACGGCCUCAAAGUCUAUUAUGUGCCUUUCCUUACCAUAUACCGAGAAGCGACACUACCGACAGUCUUCUCAUUCUUUCCAAUAUUCCGCAAUAUCAUCAUCCGAGAACGCGUUGACAUCGUACACGGUCAUGCAUCACUCUCCUCGCUAUGUCACGAAGCAAUCCUACACGCACGGACAAUGGGAAUCAAGGCAGUCUUUACCGACCACUCACUCUUUGGCUUUAAAGAUGCCGCAUCGAUCUUCACCAACAAAAUACUGAAAUUCACUCUAAGUGACGUGGAUCAUGUCAUCUGCGUCUCGCAUACAUGCAAAGAAAAUACCGUUCUUCGAGCAGCGCUAGAUCCACAGAUGGUCAGCGUGAUCCCAAACGCAGUGGUCAGCGCGAACUUUACGCCUGCUCCUCAUCGACGAGAUCCACACCAUACGACCAUCAUCGUCAUUUCGCGACUUUUCUACAACAAGGGAAUCGAUUUACUGAUCAACCUUAUUCCACGAAUAUGCGCAUUACAUCCAAGGGUACGCUUCAUUAUCGCAGGCGAUGGGCCGAAAAGAAUCGAUCUGGAACAAAUGCGCGAAAAACAUCUGCUACAAGACCGUGUCGAAAUGCUAGGUUCCAUCCGACACGAAGACGUCAGAGACGUGAUGGUACGAGGAGAUAUCUACCUCCACCCGUCACUCACCGAGGCAUUCGGUACUGUCAUCGUUGAAGCGGCAUCAUGCGGUCUCUACGUCGUUUGCACCCGCGUUGGAGGCGUACCAGAAGUCUUGCCAGAAUACAUGACAUCCUUCGCCCUACCCUCCGAAGACGACCUCGUCCACGCAACAUCCCGCGCCAUCGCUGCGCUCCGUACCCACCGCGUCGAUACAUCUACCUUCCACGAAGCUGUUGCAACAAUGUACUCAUGGACCAAUGUCGCUGCACGGACAGAAUUGGUGUAUGAUCAUGUUAGUGAGAUGCCUACCCUCGGUUUUGUGGAGAGGUUGAGGAGGUAUUAUGGGUGUGGUGUCUGGGCGGGGAAGUUGUUUUGUGUUUGCGUUGCUGUGGAUUAUUUGUUGGGUGUGUUGUUGGAUUGGUGGAGGCCUGUUGAGAGUAUUGAUGUUGCGAGGGAUUGGCCGAGGAAGAAGAUGGUUGAUGGUGAGCCGGAGAAGAAUGAGGCUGAGAAUCGGGGUGUGUGGGGUAAAGAGACAAGAUGA